AUGGCGGCUUCGUUGCACGCACACGGUGUCAAAUUUUCGAGUCACAGAUUCAUGAACCGGCUCGGAUUCUCGAAUUCCGUUGCUUCGCCUUCUAGAUUGUUCUGUGAGAAAAUUGGUGAUUCUUCUAGGAGGAGAGCGGCAACGAUGAAGCUAGUAAAAGUCGGUGCCAAGAAUGGAGGAGGAGUGCAGGCUGUGCUUAAAGAAAACGUGAUAGGGAAGCAAUUUGUUGGUGGAAAUGCGGAGGGUUUCACGUGUGUGAUGAAGUUCGGUGGAUCGUCCGUGGCGUCGGCGGAGAGGAUGAGAGAGAUCGCCACUCUUAUUCUCAGUUUUCCCGAGGAACGGCCCGUCGUUGUUCUCUCUGCUAUAGGAAAAACUACUAACAAACUGCUUGUGGCCGGAGAGAAGGCUGUCAGUUGUGGCGUCUCUAAUGCUUCGGAAAUCGAGGAAUUGGGAUCUGUAAAGGAGCUGCAUCUUAGGACGGUAGAAGAACUUGGUGUUGAUCGCUCUGUGGUCUCUGCUCUCUUGGAAGAACUAGAGCAACUUCUGAAAGGAAUAGCUAUGAUGAAAGAGUUAACACCUCGCACGAAAGACUACUUGGUUUCAUUUGGCGAGUGCAUGUCCACGAGAAUCUUUGCUGCUUAUCUGAAUAAAAUCGGUAUUAAGGCACGCCAAUACGAUGCAUUUGAUGUUGGUUUUAUAACCACAGACGAUUUCACGAAUGCAGACAUCUUGGAAGCAACUUACCCAGCUGUUGCCAAGAGAUUACAUGGUGAUUGGGUUAAGGAUCCUGCAAUUCCCGUUGUUACCGGCUUCCUUGGGAAGGGCUGGAAAUCUUGUGCGGUUACCACCUUGGGUAGGGGCGGUAGUGAUUUGACAGCUACAACCAUUGGCAAAGCUUUAGGCUUGCAGGAAAUUCAGGUGUGGAAAGAUGUUGAUGGCGUCUUGACCUGUGACCCUACCAUUUAUCCACGUGCUGAACCUGUACCUUAUUUGACAUUUGACGAGGCAGAGGAGCUUGCAUGCUUUGGUGCUCAGGUACUACACCCACAAUCCAUGAGACCAGCCAGAGAGGUUGAUAUCCCUGUUAGGGUCAAGAAUUCAUACAACCCUCAAGCUCCCGGCACCCUCAUUACUAAAACAAGAGAUAUGAGCAAGGCUGAGCUGACCAGCAUAGUUUUAAAGCAGAAUGUUACCAUGGUGGAUAUAGUCAGUACCCGCAUGCUCGGUCAAGUUGGCUUCCUUGCAAAGGUGUUCUCAAUAUUCGAAGGUUUGGGCAUAUCUGUGGACGCUGUUGCUACUAGUGAAGUUAGUGUAUCUUUGACAUUAGAUCCUUCUAAACUUUGGAGCAGAGAACUGAUCCAGCAGGCAAGUGAACUUGAACGUGUAGUGGAAGAGCUUGAGAAAGUUGCAGAGGUGAAUCUCCUGCAACACAGAUCAAUCAUCUCUCUCAUUGGCAAUGUUCAGCGUUCCUCGUUGAUGCUGGAGAAGGUAUUUCGUGUUCUACAAAGCAAUGGAGUUAAUGUUCAGAUGAUAUCACAAGGGGCAUCAAAGGUGAAUAUUUCAUUGAUAGUAAAUGACAGUGAAGCUGAACAAUGUGUGAAGGCACUUCACCGCUACUUUUUCGAGAGCGAUGGUGCUGUGCAUCUGAACCGAUUAUUGGAUGGUGAAUACAGGAAUGGCUCAGCUCUGCCAUUGCCGGUAGAAAAGCAUUGA